CAUUUCGUUUUCACGAGCAUUCUUACCCUCUCCUCCGGCGUCCCCUACGAUCCUUGAAUCCUCGCAAUAUCAAUAUCAAAAGUCAAACCUGGUUCGAGAAUCUCCAGUGUUCGACAUCACCCCUGUAGACGCAAUUCACACGGCAUACACUUUGCACAAAUCCCCGCUGGCGCAAGAGGUCAUUACUCCCGGUGAAGUCGAAUCAAUUUGGUCUACGACGUCAACCACACCUUCCGUUGUCACACGACUCAGGCAUGACAGUCUCUCCCUCUCCCUCCCUUCUUUGGUCUUUUGGGACCGAGCCUUCGUCGCGGAACCAGAAGAUAUUCGCUCCGAGAUGGACGCAAAAAAUCAAAACGCGCAACACCGUUCGCCAGCCAAGGACGCUUUGUCCAAAAUUCACUCUAAAACGGGGUCCCUGACCGGGCCAACACCACAAAAUGAGGCGGGAGCCUCAACAGCGUCAUCCCCUUCCCCUUCCCCUUCCCUUCUUGCACGCGUCCGGGCACGCGCUUCAACACUUCAUCCGUCAAUGAGAUUUUUCUUUCCAUCGACUAGUUCUACUACACCCGCGGCCCCGGAAGAGCAAAACGUUCAGGUUGCGACGACACAUACACAACCCCCGCGUGCCAACUCGGAAUCGCCUACCCCCUCUUCCAUGCCUGUGUCCCAAAUAAUCCCUGCUGGUACUACUACACUUCCAACUCUUCAAAAUAAACCAAUACAACCGGCGACGCCAAUCUCCUCUUCACCUCGACCCUCUAAAAUAUCUGGUCCGCCACGAUCAAACCGCCGUCUCUCGCGAACUCCGCCGAACACUCUUGAAGCAACUCUUCUUUCACAAGAAGUACCUCGCAUGGGAGACGACGACAAAGUUCUUCCUCUCCCUCCUUUAGAUCCAGCUCUCAAAGCCGUCGAACGUGCCAGCAAACUACUCAAAUCGACCGUUCGAUGUGCGGUCUGUGGUGACGACGGAAAGGAUUUCCCUCGAUGUGGCAAGUGUGGCGAAGCUUGGUGCAGUCGGGAGUGUAGGCUCAAGAACCUUCGAAUCGCUGGAACGAAGAGACACGUUUGCUGUUUGGAAAAAUUGGCUCAACAACGGAGGAGGAGGCUUAGUACUACUACCUCUGUCGCUACCGCUCCAGGGAGCAAUAUCAUGUGGGCGACCGCGCUCGCGGUGUAAUAGUUUUCUUUCUUUCUUUUUUUGGUUUGUCACUCCAUGUAGUACAUAGUUGGAUAAGUUUUCGUUUUCUCUCUCUCUCGCGUCGUUGAACCGCCGCUGCAUGCAUAUUUCCCCCCCCCCUUUUUUUUUCUUCUUCUUCUUCUUCUUCCUUUGCACUUAUUCCCAUUUCUUCUCGCGACCCCUCUUUGGAUACAAACAAAAAAUUUGGAGAUGAAUUGUCAUCCCAGCA